AACGCAGUUUAGACAUAGAAUUACCUAAUCCACUGCUCCGGUAUGAAUGCCGGUGGUCAUAUCCUAUCUAGGACUAGCGCUGGUUACCACCCGAAACCCUUUAGCAAAGUCCGAGUCGGCGCAAAACCAGGCGAUGGCUAUCUUCUCAUCUCGUUCCUGGAGCUCUUUGAUUUUGCCCCCUCCUUCCUACCUUUUCCGGCCCUUUCUUUUCUUUACCUGCACUGCUUCCGUUGUGUUUCUGUCACUUAUCUGUGGUGUCCUAAUUGCUUUAUACCGACCUCUUCGCUUUGAAAUCCAAAGAAAAUUUUAAUCCGCAUAGACUACGUUUGUCCACCACCUGAUAAGAAACAGUAUAUUAAAAAAAGAUGUCUCCCGCCAUUGUUCAGGCAGGUGCUGGGUCUGCCUCCAAAGAUGUGAAAAGGGAAUCCGCGACUGCUCGACUUCUGGGUUCGGGAACUGCUGGAAUUGCGGAGCUCUUGGUGUUUCAUCCUGUUGAUACGACUGCGAAGCGAUUGAUGAGCAAUCAGACCCGGAUCACGUCUAUCGAGCGUAUGAACGAGGUCGUUUUCAAAGAAUAUGCCAACGCCUCCGUUGGCCGCAAGUUCACCUCCCUUUUCCCUGGCCUUGGUUAUGCUGCUGGCUAUAAGGUUAUGCAACGAAUUUACAAGUACGGUGGCCAGCCUUUUGCAAGAGACUACCUUGCUAAGCAUUACGGUGCUGAAUUUGAUAAUGCGUUCGGAAAGGGGACUGGCAAGGCCAUCAUGCACGCUACUGCCGGAAGUUUAAUUGGUAUUGGUGAAAUCGUCCUCCUGCCUUUGGACGUCCUGAAGAUUAAGCGUCAGACAAACCCCGAGGCCUUCCGUGGUCGUGGUCUUUUCAAGAUUAUCUCCGAUGAAGGCAUGGGACUUUAUCGCGGGGCUGGCUGGACUGCCGCUCGCAAUGCACCUGGAUCCUUCGCACUGUUUGGCGGCUCUGCCUUCGCUAAGGAGUAUAUUUACAGUCUGAAGGACUACAACUCGGCUUCUUGGUCUCAGAACUUCGUGGCUUCAGUCUGUGGUGCCAGCGCCUCUUUGAUCGUGUCGGCUCCCCUGGAUGUGAUCAAGACCCGUAUCCAGAACCGCAACUUCGAGAACCCGGAGUCCGGAUUCCGCAUCGUGUCGAACAUGCUUAAGAACGAGGGCGCUACCAGCUUCUUCAAGGGCUUGACACCCAAGCUGCUAAUGACCGGGCCCAAGCUUGUUUUCAGCUUCUGGCUGGCUCAGACGUUGAUCCCCGCGUUUGGUCAGGUCGUAUAAAAGAGAACACCACGAGAUGUCACAUAAUAGCAGGCUUUGAUUUCCUUUCCCCUUCGUGCGGCUAUCAGUACCAUAAUAGAACAUACUGUUAGGCCAUUUGUAUUUGAUAGACUCUUUCCUCUCGUUUCCUUUCCUCUAUUUUUUAAUGCUAUUUAAAGCCAUUGGGUUAUGGGGAAGGCUCCUGGUCAAAUAUAUGAACUCCACUUUAUUGAUCCCUUGCCAUAUUAAUAUAGGUCAAGUCGAGUACAAAUGCGACUUCUGGAUCACAAAACGACUAGCACCGUAUUAGUCGAGCUUUCCUUUGAUUGUUUUUAUAUCUUGAGUAAGCUGGCUGGAGCC